AUGGAGAACGGCAGUGAUUAUUGUUAUGAUAGCGAGGCGGACGAGAACAAUGAAGAAUACGCCUACAGGGAUUUCAUACCGGGCUCAAGUAAAAUAGGAACCCAUUAUAGACACGACACAUUCACUUUCCUUCAGGAUCUAUCGAAAAUUCUCCCAUCGGGAAUUCGAAUAGAGGCUCUGGAAUGUUUCACCUGGUGGGAACCGGAAAUAUUCGAAGAAUUAAGCAAAGUAUUUUCGAGCAUCGGAUUCAUGGAGAUUCACUGUAAAUCCGAGGACAACAUUGGAUUGGCAACUCUCAUAAACAACGUCGACGUGAUCUCACAAUUAACGAUCUAUCAAACGAGAUGGGCCAUCCCACACAUAACGUCCGCCCUAAAAAAAAAGAUGAGGAAUGUCGCAGAAUUUCAUGUAAUCGGCGGCGGAUCCAUUCCCUUGAGCAUUCUUUCUGAAGGCAAGAAUCUCAAGGCAUUUGGAAUGUGGCAAGAAGCCGAUGAACUACAGGAUUUCUACAUCAAGAAUCCCUAUGCCAAGGGUUUCCGAGGAAACAUCUAUGACUUCCACUAUCUCCGUGCUAUCGAUGACGCGGAUUCCCCAUACGUAGAAAUUAAUGAGGAGACUUUGUUACCCUUGACCAAUUCCGCGUAUUUUAAAGACUUGACGAACCUGACCCUCGAUAUAACAUUCACAAUCUGUUAUCAAGAGAUGUCGGAAAUCAUAAAGAACACUAAUGGAAAUCUAACCAGUCUCGGGAUAGUUUGGUGGAGCAUGGAAUCUGAUCCCGAUAAUGCGCAAUCAUUCUUUCACACAAUAGCCAAUUCUUGCCCGAACCUAAUACGUCUUGAGCUCACCAUACUCGCCAGCAACAUUGAACACCUGCAGAUCAUUCUGAGCUCAUGCCAACAAUUGAAAAGUCUUGAAUUCAGAGGUUGGACAAACCUUGACAUCAGUCAAUCGAUUCAAAAGAUUGGAAAAAAUCUACCAAAGGGUCUGGAACGUCUCGUGUUUGACAAAGAUUUCAUCUGCAUCUCCUCGGCCUUAAAGAAUUUUCUCAAGCAUUGCCAUGAAAAAAAUAUCGCUGGGUUAACCCUGCUGUUUAGAAACGGGGUCAGCUGGUUGACCGAACAUAUUGACAUCAUGAAUGCCUAUAUCGAACUGGGUGUCUUGCAUCCGAACACGCACCUAAGUUGGGAUUGUGUUUAUAACGAAGACGGAACGAAAUCAAUUUCUGAGGGGUGA